AACUAAACAACAAAAAUCAUCAUUUUACCUCAAGUGAAAGACCUCAUCUGUUCAUUUGUUUAUUUUCGCAUUUAUCUCAAAAAUUAAACUCGACAAAACAAUGUCCUUUCACUUAAGUACAAAGGAGAGACUACUUGCAAUUGUAGAUGAUAUCGAAAUAAUAGCUAAAGAAUUGAUUGAGAAUACAAUCGCCCCAAAACAUCAGAAAGUCUCAAGCACAGAGCAUGCCCUCCUAGUGGAUCUUCUUGUCUCGAAAGAUACUGAACUUAAGGCAGUUCUGCAACUUGCAAGCGACCAGACAAAGAUUGAGCAAAAGAUGACUGCUCUUAGGGCUCAAGUAGAGCUUCAGGAUCAAGAAAUAAAUCAGCUACAGAAGCAACUAAAGGAAGCUGAACAAGUACUAUCUACAGCUCUUUUUCAAGCCAGACAGAAACUAAUUAGUAUUUCACGGGCAAAUAAAAAGCCAGUCCCAUCGGAGGAGCUCAUAAAGUAUGCUCACAGAAUCAGUGCAUCUCACGCAAUUUCAGCUCCUCUUACAUGGCAACAGGGUGAUUUGAGACGUCCCUAUCCCACCGAUAUUGAGAUGCGUCUAGGUUUUCUUGGAAAGUCAGAUCUCAACAUUAAUGGGCAUAGUUUACAGCACCACAGCAGUCUAAAUGAGAUGCAUCGGAAUACGACAGGAGAAAUUCCAGCGUCGGCUCAAAACCAGUUCGCUUGGCAUCCUUCCGGAGAACUUCACAUGUCCGUUCUGGCAUCAGGUGGAUCUAUCUUACUCGACACACGUGCUCGUAAAAAUGCCUCUCAAGUUGAGGUGGAGGUGAUGUCUACAGAAUCAUCAAGUUCUAGUUCAAGCGAUUCUCAAUAGUAGGAAGCUCAUCUCAUUUUGUACUUCACCAUUCCCCACGUACUCUCUCUCUCUCUGAACUGUUUUCAACACUUCGUAUUUAAUGCAGUAUAUAAUGUAUAGCAGAAGAAUAUAGUGUGCUAUUCAGGAACGAUGGCAACGCCAACAUCAAGUAAAGACUUUUUAGUUCAUCAGAGCUUCUCAAAGUUAUUCAACAGCUUUCAGAAAUAAUAAAAUAAACUUAGGAUGAAAAAUUACAAAAAGAAAUCAACAAUAAAAAUUCUCACGUUGUAUACAUAAAUAUCCUGA